CGUGACAAAAAAGUUGUAAUACUUUUGAAUUGAUUUACCAUGAAGUAAACCCUGAAUUACCAAUAGAGGCAUAAUCGACUUUUCCGAUAAAGUUUUUGUUAUCGUUUUCUAUUUAUAUCGCGUUUUGUUAAUACCUGGUUGACAGGGAAUUGAUCUUACCGGUUGUCGUUGAUCAGUUUGUGUGCGAUCAAUAAUUAGCUACAAUGUGAAAUUCAUAUUAAUAUGACAUUUGGGACUGUUGAGAUAUGAACUAAAAUAUAAACUUCACUAUGGAAGUCUCUGGUAAGAAAGCUAGUAAAGACAAAAAUGUAGGUACUGCGGUAACGGAUACACUUUGUGAACCAUGUCAAGAUAUACAUGUCACGACAAGUGCGAAUGGCAUAUGUCGAGAGUGUAAGGAAUAUAUGUGCAACACGUGCUUCCAACAUCAUCUUAAAGCGAGGCAAUGUAGAAAUCAUGUUUUGGUUAAUGCGGGCAAUUCGUCAGCGUCGACAGACAGAGAAGAGGAUUUUGAGAAAUGUAAACACCAUGGAAAAGAAGCGGUUAAAUAUUAUUGCCGUAAGCAUGAUGUUGUAGGGUGUGGUGACUGUAUGAUAAGCGGACACGGUGCUUGUAAGCCUGAAUUUAUAAAAGACAUAUCGGAAGAUUUCAAAGAAAACGAUGAAUUCAAAAACCUGGUCAGAAAACUUGAGAAAAUGACAUCUGCAAUAGUAGAUAGUGAGAAGAAAAUCCAAGAUGAUAAGAGAAAAGUAAAAUCGAUGCAUGAACUCGCAGUUAAAGAACUAAGAGAGUUUAGAACGGACAUCAAUGAGUACUUGGACAAGGCUGAAGAUGAGUUAAAUCAUUUAAAGUCUAAAAAUGAAAGCCUGCUGACCAAGCUGGACAAAGAUUGCAAGUUACUUUCAACAAACUUAGCAGGAGUUAAAAAAGAAACAAACGCUGAAAUAUACCACGGAAGUUCGCUAUUUAUUCACUCAGUUGAGUGCAAGCCAAAGGUUCUCGACACUGAAAAUGCAAUAAACCAGCUACAAUUAGAAAGUAAUAUUGAGAAAAUCACAUUUGUACCUGACAAACGGCUGCUAAGUAUCAGCGCUCCUAAACUAAACUUAAAGCGAACUGGGUUCGAGGUUCCGGCAUUUGUUCGCACUAAACCAGAUUUUCAGGAAAGGAGUGAUUCCAUGAGAGAUCAGAAAAGCAGAAAUGACAAGGUCACCGAAAAGAAAAAAGAAAUAAAAUCAAAGGCCAAGUCUACCGGAGCACGUACAACUCAUUUGCCAGUAAAUAAGACAGACGACGAUAUCGUAUUUGAAACAUUCUAUCAUCGGAGCGGGAAAGAGUUCCAAUGUAUAUACCAGAGUGGAAUGAGAUUCUACCUAGAUGACUUGGGAUCUAAGGAAUGGAUGCCAUUUCCUAAGCGUUGGUACAACGAAGGCUUGUUGGUGACAAACACCAAACUUAAAAAUGAAAAUGCAAAACAGAAUAUAAAUGAGCAAGCAACUGGGGGAUCAGGUCAAGGUGUGGAAGGUACAAGUGGUGGUGAUGACAGAGAAGGUUUUCUUAUGCAUCCGUCAAAAGGCAGAAUACCUACUUAUAUGUUUUAUAAAAAACAUAAUGUGCAUAUGUACUUUGACAGAGAUAUUGGUUCCUGGGUUCGUAUGCCAAUUGGUUGGGAGUUGCAUCAUAGUAUGGUUAAAAGUCUCGUUGAUCAAAUAGACGAAGCAGUGCCAACAUGGGGAGAUCGGCAUGAUAUGUUAGCGUUACUACGAGCGUGUAACUACGAUCCUGAUGAAUGUAUAUCUAUAUAUCUACAUUUAAAAAAGGACGAAUGGAUGAAAGACGCUCAAGCAUCAGGCAAAUCUAAAGAAGACAAGACAUCUGGAGCUAGAAAAGAUAAUUAAAUACUUAGAAUACAGUUACAGAAAGAAAUGCAUGCUAGACCAGAUGUUGAAAGAAUUUAUAAAAAAGGAAUUUAAGUGUACCUCUUAAAUGUUUCCAAGUAACUGUACAAUUAAAGCUCCAAACAGCUGUAGCUGUAACUCGAAUUGAUUUUUAUAUGAUUAUUCAGUUAGAAUGCAUUACAUAACGAUGCUCUUGUAGUUAAUAAAAUUGAUAUACAUGUAUUUCAUUUAACAUUAUUGCAAAUUACUCCGUAUUUCGACACUGUUUAAAAGCAUUAAAGGAAAUCAAUAAAAUUUUCAGGAAAUAUGUCCUAAUCGACAGAAUAUUGUUUUAUGAAUGUAAAAUAAAUUGAAGUUUAUUUGAAACAUGUCAAAUAAAAAUUUGCAAUAUAUUUUGCAUGGGCAUUCAGUUAUGUUUUGUUUCACGUCUUCUAUAUGAUCAUUAGAUAUUAACUUUAAAUGUAGGAAGUCCUCAUCAAAUGUAAUUAACUUGGUUAAACAUAAAAAACUGUGCUGCAUUACCAAUAACACUAAUAACUGACAGUCUAAAACAAAUACCAGUGACAAAUGCCAUUAUCAGUGGUUGUACAAUUAAAUUUCUAACCUAACAUCCAAUGGUAUUUAUAGAGGAACUUCAGAAACGAAGAAUAUCAACGCUUUGAACAGUUCAUAAAGUAUUACAGUAUUUAUAUUUAUUUCAAAUUUUAUAUCAUUUUCAGAAAUACUGUUGUUGUUAUAAAGGUAGCAUUUGCCAAAUGCAGGUGUGAUGUACUAAGCCGUUUCGUUUGGGAUAUUUAUGUACUCGAACUAUCUUUAUGUUGUAACAAAUAAUGUAUAUGUCAUUGUUAUCCAAGGGAUGAGAUAGGAAACCAGUUGUUUAAACAUGAGGUUUUUCUUCAUGUAAUGUUGUUUUGUAAAUAUUGUACAUGAGUAAUACGACUGAUUGAUAUAAAAAUGACCAAACUUAGUGAGUUGGGACAAAGUCAAAAGCGACGAGCAUCCAGUUAUCGGCUUUAGAUAGAUAAUGCCUACUGUUUAUUUUUUGUUGUUUGAAAGAGGCUGAUGACCAGGGGACUAUAUAUAUCCUUUUAAUUAUUAUCCUUUCUGAAGGAAUUCUUGGAAUUUUUAAUUUAAAAAAACAACAGAAUAAUAGGUAUUAACAUUUAUGACAAAAAAUGACUUGCUGUUUGAGGGAAUUAUGUUGUCUUUUGGUUUGAACAAUAUGCUAUUAAUCACAAUCCAUUUACAACAUGUUUAUAUAUCAAAAAGGCAUACAGGAUUGAGUAGGAAGCUAAAAGCUUAUUUGAAACUCUUUCCUUAAACUCCUGCAGAAAGGAUAAAAAAAUUCGCCAAAAUGUUUUCUCGCCACCCAAAUAUGUACAAUCAUGGUAUCAGGACGACGUGUUUGAGGGAAGUAUUGAGAAUGUCUGACAAAUGCUUUUUUGUCUAGGAAAUCCUGUGUAUAUAUUACCGAAAACUCACGAGGGUUCUAACCCUGUUACCCAAAUGAAACCUAAUUCAAGGAUAUAAAUAUACUAUCGUAUAUCCAGUAUAAACGCCCACAUUCCCUCCGAUAGACACAACCCUCUCCCCUUUCUAUGAAUUAAACGGAAAAUAUCUUGAAAUAUAAUUCACUUUGAAUCGGUUAAACGCAGAACGCCCUUAAUGUCCAAAAUGAUCCGUUUUUCUGUCAAAAGGGACAACUGCUUGCCGUCAAAAGAAAACAGUUUUCAGGCCAAAAACCGCGCGUCUAUUCAUAAAACCAUUUACUUGUGUGCGUAGUAUUCACUGUUUGCCUAAGCUUGCGCUAGACAUAGUCAUAGAAAUUGAUGUUCGGUGUAUUCGUGAGUUCGAACGUGCGUCAAAUACUGCGUGCAUCUAUCCAGUUGUUUGCCGUACUAUAAUUUUGACAAUCGAGCACCAAUUUAUUUUAUAUUCGGUAGAAGUGUUUCACAUUAUUUGCCACUCGCAAUUCAAGGGUCUCCUUAUCUCAGUGGUCAAGAUCACACUAAGGGAUUAAAGGUUAUUAUGGGACAUGUUUGAAUCGCUUGUAUCUAUUUCGUCUCAGUAAAAGACUGUCAAGAGCACAUAUCAACAGUCGAAUGUCAUAAUUAAAAUGUACAACAAUCAUACAACAAAAACGAUUUGUGAUAAAAAUUUCGUUUUUAGCACCCUAAUCAAGGUUAUGCCAGUAAAUAAGGCUAAAUUGAAUUCAGUAGACACCAAAGGUUUUUUAAAAAAAUGCUGAGACCGACAUGCAUCCUUAUACCUAAGUUUUUGUGUUACGAGUAAUAUAUAUAGACAAGUCUUAUAGCACAAACAAUGACUGGCGAUUUAAAGAAAAGGUCAUGUAUUAUUUCAAACUGUUUUAAGAGGACAUAGUUACAUAUUCCAUUUGUUCGUUUUAUCAUCAUCCUCUUUUUGUCUAACUGCACAUCAGUUUCUCGUAUAUUCAGCAAAAUGUUCUGAAAUUUUGCUCAUUUGUUGAAUUCGUAAAAUGAUUUUAAAUUUAUUAGAUGCCCUAUUUUCUUACAAAGGAAAAUAUAUGCAAAAAUGCCCUACGUUUUAAAAUCACUUUUUAAAAAAUCGCAAAAUUCUUCCGUACUUGCAAUUAUGUAUACAUAUGAAUAUGUAUCACUGUUUUCAGGACAAAUUAAAAUGACAACGGAAUGAAUGAAUACGCGUUAGACACGUCCAUCCAACCUCUCGCUCCUCCCCAUUCCUCCCCCAUCCCACGCACCACCUCCGUCGAAGCAAUCUUCCAUAUAAACUGGUUGAAAAGGAGAAAUAUUUUGUAAUAGUGAAUCAUAUGCAAGGGAUGCUGUCAAGUACUGUGUUUAAUUUGCAUACAGAGUUAUAGUUUUCACAGGCUACUGUUUCUUAAGUUAUUCAACUUGCUCGUUCAAGUAUAUAUACUAAAGGCAGUUAAUUUAAAAGAUAAGCAAGAUAGAGUUAUGGUUCUUGUACACUAUACUUCCUCUUAUUAUUGUCUUCCAUUGUGUGAAGAUUUUUCUAAGUGUUAUGGGUAAAUUUGAUAAAGGGAGCUAAGUCAAAAGGUAAUUAAGGUAAAAUUAUAGUUCUUGUAUAUUGCACAUCCCCAUCCCUUGCCCACACUCUUUGUAUGCACUUUGAAUAAAUUCUCUUCAGCGCUUUAAGAGUUAAACCUUGGAUAAGUAAAUUAAAUAAAUGGAAAUUAUUCAAAAAACGAAGCAAGGUAGAGUUAUAUCUCUUGAACAGUGCGUUUUCUCUGUAUAACACGUGAAUUAAAUAAAGGAUAACACGUGAAUUAAAUAAAAGGGGGUCAUUAAAAUGAAAUCUGUAUGAUGGCUAAUUUCAGUAUGACAAAACCCGUAUUUGUUGUAUCGGCGCGGUUGGUUUGGAGUGUUGGCGUGCUGGCGCACUUCAAACGCGCCAACUCGCUAGAACGAAAUGGCAGAAAGCUAGAGAAAGGUAUAAUUGUCUAUCACUGCACAUUCCUAGUUGACCGUCAUCUUAGUUUGAAUAAAUUCCCAUCAGCAAAUAAAGAGCUAUGCUACGGAGAAUUAAUUUACUAAGGCCAUACCAAAUUGAUUAAUAGUUCUUCGGAAAAUUUUCCAAAAAAAUGGGAGCGAGCGAGCGAAAUUUUUUUUUCUCAAUUUUUAUUUUUUUCAGAGGCGGGUAGCUUUUACAUGGAGUGAGAGAGUAUUUUAUUUUUUUUUAUUAUUAUUAUUAUGUUUUUGCAGUUAUGAUUAUACAUAAAGUUAAUAUUUCUUUAAGAAUAACACAGAACUUAAACAUUUACAGUGUGACUAACACAGUAGAUAGCUUUUCUAUAUGUUUUAAAGACCACAUGAAUGGUUUUGCAAAUAGAUUCUUGCUAAAACUCACUGAAUCACUUUGUUUUUAUUUUGUAUUUAUAAUUACUAAGGGAUGAGUAUCUUAUUUUUAAUUUUGAUUGUUCUACAUUAAUCUGAAGGCGUGCCCAUUUAACGGCAGAGGAUGGGGAAUAUUUAAGACAAAACGGGCACCCAAGUGGAAUAACAUAUCUUCUGAAAACCAGUUAGAUGGCUUCGACACAUGAGCAACUUUGUGACCCUAGUGAAACUCCAAACGGUAGAGGUGAGAGGAAAGUAAUAAAUCACUUGACCAAUGAGACCAAACGGAGUUGGGCACACAAAUGCUUCGACAUUGCUCGAAUCUCAUUGGAAUAAUUUCUUAACAGAUCAGGCUAGCUUAAGUUUUUGUGGUAGAGGUUCAUUUCAGUCAAAAAUGAUAACAGACGGACAAAAAAAAAAUCCCAAUAUGGCCACUCUUA